AAACGCUACCACUCAGCCACGAGUUCUUUUUUCUUUAUUGCCUGACUUUGACAAAGAAACAACAGCAAUAGCAAUACACAAAACAAAUCAUACAAGAUACAGUGAACAUGUAGUAUUGACAUAAGCAGCCUGCAGGGGGCUGGCUACGCCACAUUAAAAUUCAUUUAGAGCCAUCAAUGGCUCCACCCUUGACAGCCACUGGGGAUAUCGCCACCGGCCUUCAAAAUCUCAACAAACGGAUGCACAGUUUCAUGGAAAGAAAUUCGCUUAGGUCGUGCGUCGGGAUCGCAGUAGUAUCCUGCCAUUCGAGAGCGCCAAAUAAUGUGGAGGCCAAUGAACAUUAUUAAAUCAAACGGAAAACCAUCCUCGUUAGUAAUGGGUAGAUACCGUAUUCCAUGAGGGUCGAGGGGGAAUUGUUUCUUUAACGUUCUUUGUAGUACGUCCCAAAAAAAUACCCCUCCCCAACAAUGAAGAAAAACGUGAUCUAUCGUUUCUGGUUGUUUGCAGAUAAGGCAGUGAGAUCCCCAUGGAAGAAAUAAGCCCUUUUCCUGUAAAAACAUUUUUACUGGCAACGUUCCAGUGUGUAACUAAAAAAAAAAAAGGUUUUAACCCCUGGCGCAACUUGCAUUUUUUUUACUCUCUUUAACACGUCCCUACCAGGGCCUCCAUUGUACAAGGCUCUGUACAUUGGCUCCGGCAGAACAACGUCACACAAAUCGUUGUACAAUUUUUUCUUUUUGACAGUAGAUAAAUAUUCAUUUGAAAACCUCGUUGCAAGAAAUCGUACACUUGCGACAACUUCUCUAAAAUAUCCGAAAAUGCCUCCCGUGAGUGUUUCGGUUGAAACAACAAAGUCUGGCAACGUGCGCCCGAGCCUUACUUGGCAUGCGAAAUAGAGUUAGUAGAACACCUCUAGAGGAAAAGCUGGGCCGGAAAACAUAGAGUUACUAUACUGACUCUAGAGGACAAGCUACCCAUAGCAUAGAGUUUCCUACAAAAUUACUAGAGGAAUCUCUGGCGCUGCAUACGUUGUCCUACCAUGGGAAUGAUGGGAAGUACAUGGAUUCGUCUGAUCUUCGUGCUUAUGGAUUGAGACGUUCUUGUGGCUUUGUAUAUUACGCUACAUAAAUCUUAUUGUCGUAUAUUUCAGCGCAAUUUAUAUUCUUCGAAGUGCAGAAGACGCCGGGAACGCGUACAAUUGCUAUUAAUUGCAACGAUUGAGCUUGUCUAUGUGCCCAAAUCGAAACGCGCCAAGCGUCUCUAGCGUCUCAAAGCACUGGCAUGCCCGCGAUAAGUUCAUAAGUGCGUUUCAUUCGCUUGUCGAUACAUGCAUCCGUGGCUUAUCAUUCUGCUUCCGGCCACGGUCGUGAAAGGACGCAGGAUGGCUGGCUCUUCGCGAGCUGUGAAAACGGCCGAUUCUGGCCGCGGAACAUCGUUUUUGGACGGCCUGAAAGAUUACAGGAUUGUACUGCCGCCGCUGCCAACCGGAGAAGGACUGAAAACAAUGGUUGUUCUUCACUGCGACACCGCUGGAAGGCCUUACAGGAUAGAAGAUUUCCGCCAGCCGAUGACAGAAGCCGGCGUCAUUGAACAGGUGGGCGGUAUCGGAGCGUACCAGAUGUCGCACGUCUGGUUAGUCAACUUCCGAAGUGAAGAAGCCAAGAAAAAGUUGCUCGACAUCGGGCAUAUUGUUGUUAAAGGGAAGACUUGCGUUGUCUUUGACCCUGAAAGGCCGGAAGUGCGGCUGAAGGUGCAUUGGUGUGCCUUCAACGUCAGCAACGAAACUCUGAGGCGGGCGUUCGCCGAGUACGGCGAAGUGAAAGAAGUUUCGAGCGAUAGAUGGAAGACCGGCAGGUUUGAAAACGCCGACUCGACUACUCGUGUUGUGCGGCUGGUUCUUCGAGAAGGUGCAAGCCUCGAGCGCAUACCCCAUCAGCUGCGUAUCGGGAACGGUACAGUAUUAGUCGUCGUGCCCGGGCGUGCGCCGAUAUGUCUCCGCUGCCGCAACACAGGCCACAUUAGGCGGGACUGCAAGGUGCCCAAGUGCAGCGAGUGCCACGCCUUCGGGCAUGAAGAGGCUGAAUGCACGAAGUCAUACGCCCGCGCCGCGACUCGUGGAACAUUCGGCGAUAAUAGUGAGCUGCACAUGGACGAGGAUGAAGCUGAGCAAGCUGCCUCCAACUCAGUGGUCGAGAGCCCAACGGCCGCAGCGCUGAGCGAUGAAAAGGAAGGCGCCCCAAAGAAAUGA